CUUUUGCAAAGCUAGAAAAUGAAGAGGUCAAAACUAUUUGCACGUUCUUUUCGAUUUAAUGGACUAAGAUCGUGUUUUCGUUUCAGGAGAACUUGGCGACUCCGGAACCAUCAGACUCGACGAACGAAGAAGAUCAUUUCAGCGGGACCGGGGCUAUGAAAGACACCGACAAGCUCAAGUUGAUGCUCUUGGCAUGGAACUACCACAACCAGACUCAAGGAAGUCGCAAUGGUAGCGGCGACCUACCAGAUCUCACAUCGAUUCCGGGAGGAGAAGAAAUGGCCGGGUUAUGGGCGCAAUAUCAUUCGGCUUUAGGCUUGUCAAAAGGCAAAGCUACGCCACCAGUUCCAAGAGAUCAAUCUAGUCCAGUCAAUGCCGAUGCAGGGUCGGCUCAUGACGAAACGAGUUCUAGUGGAAACAAAGAAGACGAAGACGACGACGACGAUGAAAGCGAUGACAAAAUUGACACACAAACGCACGACCCCGAAAGACUUAAAGCGUUUAAUAUGUUUGUAAGACUGUUCGUUGACGAAAACUUAGAUAGAAUGGUACCUAUUAGUAAACAACCGAAAGAAAAAAUUCAAGCGAUUAUUGAUUCGUGCACAAGGCAGUUUCCCGAAUUCGCGGAACGUGCGCGAAAACGAAUACGUACCUACCUAAAAUCAUGCAGGAGAAAUAAACGAGCGAGGGAUCCAAAUUCGCCUUGGGAUUCUACUCGACCAACCCCAGCCCAUUUAACGUCUGUGCAAGCGGAACAAAUCUUGGCAAGCGCGUGUGAAAAUGAGAGUCAUAAUGCCAAAAGGAUGCGUUUAGGACUUGAGCCAGUGAGUCAACCUAUGCCUCUACUUCCGGGUGCUACAGCGACAGACACCACAGCGGCCAUUAGUAGAAGUAUAGACUUACCAGGAAAUACACCAGUAAAAUUAGAAGUAGAUACCGCGUCAAGUGUUUUCCCUUCUUCAACCACUGCAUCCACGACGACAAAUUCAAUUUCUAAGGGAAUGUCAUUAACGCCCGACAUUAAACCAACAGGUCUUAGUGUGUCUAACGCGGGAUUGUCAACGGCGCCUUUAAAUGGUAUGGGCAUAUCGACAUCCCCAGGAACGGCACCCACGGCGAUGUACAGACCUAAUUUUUCUCAGGCCUUUCAACGAGCAGGUCCUUAUCCUCUCUUCCCCGGCCAACCCUUCAAUACAGGCGGUGGACUUUUAACAAAUGGCCCUACAGACUUAAGUAUGAAACAGAAGCCAUUACUUAAUCACAAAUUGAGCUCAACAGAGAUGGCGGCCGUACGACAACUGAUAACAGGGUAUCGUGAAUCGGCGGCAUUCCUUCUUCGGUCGGCGGACGAAUUAGAACAGCUACUGUUGCAGCAACAAUAAUUGACUGUACCUUCAGAUCCAUUACAGACUGGCAACAGGUGCGUUUGGUUUGACUAUAUGUGAUCCUUUAAAGACGAUAAGAAAGGGAUUAGAACUGCUGUGUAUGCUAUGUACCUGGCUUACUUUAUUAUGUUGUACAUCGAAUAGCUUGAUGUAGAUUUUUAUUGUUUCAAUGAUUGAAAACUGUGAAUGUUGUGUAUAAAGAGAUGAUAGAAAAAA